AUGUCCUGGCGGUGGGCUCUCGCGCGCCGCGUCGCCGCGCUGGCCGCGACCGGCGGCGGCGGCGGUGCCCAGGCGCAGAGGCUCCUGCCCACCUCGUCGGCCGCCGCUGGCACUGGCCUCCUGGGGCGGCACCACAUGCCCCUCGCCUCCCAGAUUAGGAGCAAGGUGGUUGGUUGCAGAGGAGCUGCUCUCGUGAGCUCCAGAUGGUUGCAUGAUGCCCAAUACCAGGUUCGCCAGGACGGGGCUUCCAGGGCUCAGGAACAGCAAGAUCCAUUUGAAUUAGUCGCCGAUGAGCUAUCACUUCUUGCAAAUAGGUUACGAUCCAUGGUGGCUGCUGAGGUCCCCAAACUGGCAUCAGCAGCCGAGUACUUCUUCAAGGUGGGAGCAGAGGGAAAAAGAUUCCGGCCUACGGUUUUGUUGCUCAUGGCAUCAGCUCUGAAAUUCCCAUUGUCAGAAUCAACAGAAGGCGGAGUUCUCAGUAUAUUGGCAGAUAAACUCCGCACACGGCAGCAGAACAUUGCAGAGAUAACUGAAAUGAUUCAUGUCGCAAGCCUUCUGCAUGAUGAUGUUCUUGAUGAUGCUGAUACUAGGCGUGGCGUCAGUUCAUUGAAUCUCAUCAUGGGGAACAAGCUUUCUGUGCUGGCUGGUGACUUCCUCCUGUCUAGAGCAUGUGUGGCACUUGCAGCACUUGGGAACACAGAGGUGGUUUCUCUAAUGGCAACUGCUGUAGAACAUCUAGUUACUGGUGAAACUAUGCAGAUCUCUACAAGCAGAGAGCAACGACGAAGCAUGGAGUACUACCUGCAAAAGACAUACUACAAAACGGCAUCAUUGAUAUCAAAUAGUUGCAAGGCUGUUGCUAUUCUUGCAGGGCACACAGCUGAGGUCUCCAUGCUUGCAUACGAAUAUGGUCGAAACCUGGGUCUAGCCUUCCAGUUAAUUGAUGAUGUUCUUGAUUUCACUGGCACCUCUGCAUCCCUUGGGAAGGGUUCAUUGUCUGAUAUUCGCCAUGGAAUCAUCACUGCCCCGAUGCUAUAUGCGAUAGAGGAAUUCCCGCAACUACAAGAAGUUGUUGACCGGGGUUUUGAUAAUCCUGCAAACAUUGAAAUUGCCCUUGACUAUCUCCGGAAGAGCCGUGGGAUUGAAAGGACAAAGGAGCUUGCACGAGAACACGCUGACCGUGCAGUCAAGGCCAUAGAAUCCCUCCCAGACAGCGACGACGAGGAUGUUCUGACCUCAAGGCGUGCUCUUAUUGAUAUCACAGAGAGAGUCAUCACAAGGACAAAAUAG